AUGAAACGUAUGGUAUUCUUAUCAUGGCCGUAUCAUUUCGAUAUCACAUCGCCCAUACUGUUCCACCUCAACGGAUAUCGAACCAUUGCCAACGCUGGCUACGUGUUAGGCAAGAAAGCACUCGGAAAACUCAAAGUCCCGGAGAACUACUUUGAAAUUAAAGCCGAAGGAUAUGAUGGACAUCUGGAGUGGGAAGGGAACACUGAAAGAGAUGUACAAAUGGAAUACCUAUGCAAGCUUCUACAAGCACCAAAAUCAGCUGAGAUGACUAAAGAAGCUCUUAUGAUAGCCAUUUGUAUUGGUAGUAGGCCGCUGGUCGAGCUGAUUCUGUCAUUGUUCAGAGACUUUCCACAUGAAGAACGCAGUGGUUGUUCGAAUUCUCCCGGUUUCCUGCCCCAUAUGACUCCGUUGAUGCUCGCAAGUAUUCUGAACAACUUCUCCAUCGUUCAAUGCCUUCUACUCAGGGGUCAUUCCAUCGAUCUUCCUCAUCACGUGGACGCAUUACGAGCUGUAUGCUCUGAAGCCUUCCUUUGGCUUGCUACCGAUGACCCGUUUGCGGCCGCCUGCUCACUCUCACAGGACCUCGCCAUUUGUAUGAAAAACGAUAAUUUCGAGUUCAUGGACACCUACCGCGUGCUCUAUAACAACAUACAACGAUUCACGUGUCGUAUAAUUGAGAAUAACUGGAGAGUGGAAGAACUGGACAUAUUUCUUGCUCAUGUAGGUUACACCUCGGUUCUCGGAAUCAGUGGUGGAUCAUUAUGUCUCGUUCAGAAGUGUCACUGCUCCCUCUCAUCUUGUGCAGCUCCUUAUCCCAGAAUUCAGUUAGCUCUCGAAGCUCGAAUGCGUCAUUUCGCCGGUAGCCCCAAUGUACAACGAGCAAUGUCCUGCAUUUGGUGGAGAGGUUGGGGAAAUUUUGGCACGAAUCCAGCUCGGGAUUCCUAUCGAGUACUACGACAUGUAUUCCUUUAUCCUAUACUAGCUUUGCUUUAUAUCUUCAGUAAUGGAAAACUAGCUUCUUCGUUUGAUGUGCCUCUUGCAAGGCGGCAAUUUAGAGCAGCUGACUUUUUAGCUUUCGGGAUAGCAAUCGAGGCUUACUGCUAUCUGUAUAUACUUGGAUUAAUGCUGGAACGAUAUAUACAGUUUUCACGAUUUGGAUUUCGGAAUUAUUUCGCAUUUUGGUGGCGAUGGUUCGACUUUUUGCUAAUAGGCUCGUUCUGCCUAGCUUUUCAUCUAUGGAUCUGCGGAGUUCUGAUGCCGAUGGAGCCUGACCUUGAACUCCUCAGUCGAAUUCAUUGGCUGUCGCCAGAGGAUGUAACCUUCGCAGUACUUCAAUCUCACCCAUUACAGCCAGCAUGGGACUACUUCCUGAUCUAUGACAUAUAUUUGUGUACAGGAUGUAUACUCGGCUUUUGGAGGGUGUUCUAUUUCUUUCAGCUCAUCAAAGGAAUCGGUGGAAGUGUGAUUUCCGUGGGAAGUUGUAUAUCAACAAUCUACAACUAUCUGGUCGUUAUGGGCGUCGUUAUGCUGUCGUUUGCCGUCGGUGUCAACCUGCUCGUACAACCAUACCUGAACAGUGUUGUCGUCAAAGAAGAUGGCACCCAAGAAGCCAUGAACACCCGAUUCGGCACUAUUUUCUCUACAAUUCGCAACAUGUACUGGGCAGUAUACGGCUACCUUGAUCCGUCAGUCUAUCCGACCGUCAAUGGAAAUUCUGGACCAGAUCAGGCUCCGGUGGACCAUUACCUUACUUCAUUUGCUACUGAGUUGCUGCUUACCAUUUAUCACUGUAUAAUAGUAAUAAUACUACUCAACUUGAUGGUGUCACUUCUGGUGAAGAAAGCUGAUGAAGUGUUGGAAAACGAAGAAAGUGAAUUCAAAUACACUCGCAUUGUCAUCUAUUCGGAAUACUUUGCUUGGUCAUCUUCAGUGCCACCGCCGUUCAAUCUGUUAUACGUCAUUAAAGAGGCACUUUGGAAAUUGUUCGGUGACGACAAGGUCACCAUCUCUUGGCCGGAAAUCUGGACAGAAAAAGAGCUCAUCAAGCCGGACCAUGAAACAUGCUCGAAGGACUGCAUGACAUACAACAACCUAAUGAUGACACUUUUCUCAAGAUUCCGUGCCAGUAAAGAAUGCCAUUACAGAAGUAUCUUCAGGACAGAAUUUGACAAAGAUCGUGCUACAGCCGAGUCAGCAGCUAAAGUGGCAUUCAUGAAUUCCUUCAAUGAUCGUUAUGAAGCCUUCCAAUGGAAACCACCUCAACCCACCGCUGUCACACCGCCACCUCGAGCAGCUCAAUAG